UAGCCGCUAUCACUUGUGGCGACGAUUGGAUCCUCUUUGAAGACUCGAAAUGCCUCCGAUUCCAUGACUACUUUGAAACCAAGAAGGUGGCUGAGCAGUCGUGCGCCUCCUUCGCAACAGACCAAUUUAACAUACCGCAUCUCGUAUCCAUUAAGUCGAAACCAGAACAGGAUUUUCUGAACACUUGGCUCUUCAAAGAUUUAGAAGUUUACAACAGAGUCUGGUUAAAUGGGGAGCGUUUUAACGAGACUGAGUUCUUAUGGGGAAAUGGGGACGAGAUGAUUCCCUUCACCAAUUGGGAUGUCGGCUCGCCAACCAAUAAAACUGUGGAGAACGUCUGCAUGGAAAUGUCACCGCUGGCCGGACGGUCAGGCAGGAUGGAGGCCAGUGAGGAUGGGAAAUGGAAGGACUGCCGGUGUUCAAAGAGGAAUUUGGUCGUUUGUGAAAAGAAGCCAGAUUUGACGGUGCCAGAGCUGCAGGAUAUUCUAUUUAAACUACGAGAGGUCGUGAUAGAACAAAAGAAAAUCGUCGCUGAACUAACCACAAAUUUGACUCGAACAACCAAUACAGUCACGGAAUUGACGAUUAACUUGACACAGUUAACUGGGUCAUCGACCCAACUGACGAAUAGGGUCACCCAACUAGGCAACAAUCCAGUUCCGAUUGGAUUCAUCUACGUGCAGCUACCAUCACACCCAGCACCGCAGACAUUGUGGCCGAACGUGCAGUGGCGCAAUGUUUCGCCGACAUAUGCAGGAUUGUUCUUUCGCGCCGAAGGUGGCACGGCGGCUGGAUUUGGAACAUUGCAGGAAGAAAGUUGUAACCGGCUGAUUGGGGUUAACUUUGCUUGGCAGUCCGGUAAAGCCCCUCAACAAAUUUCUCUUCCAGCAGCUGGUUGGUCCGGUUAUGUUAUGACGGGUGAAGACCCACGUCAUGCCCAAUAUAAUGUGGAUGGAAUGCGCUUUCAAAAUUCUGGAGCUGAAACUCGUCCGAAAAAUAAAGCCGUCCGAAUAUGGGAACGCGUAUAAAUUCUUUGCUUACAAACAAUAUUCUUGCCUAGGGCUCUCGCCAUGGGAAGUUGAUCACUAGCAAUUUGGGAUACAAAUAGUCAAAAAAGGAUUCCAGAAAUCUCAAAUUUGUGUGGAAUAUUAUAAAUACAUCUGACUACCCAGAUCCGCGAACAAAUAAGACUUAAGUAUAUUAUCCAUCUCAUAUUUAACAUUUUUCAUCAUGUCCGUCAUUAUUAAUUUUUCGGAAGACUUUGCAACUUCAUUGUUAAUUUUCUGCUACCGGAACCAAAAUUUUCUUGAAUCAACGACUGUUUCCCAAAGCUGGGAGUAUUACUUCUAACACAUGGCCUACAUUUUUUUAUUGAGCGAAGAUGAGGGAUGUAUGUGAGGUUUCCAAUUUUCGACGUCAAACUGAAUUUUUUUUCGAGUUCUUCCUUGAUAGUUGUUGGAUUGUGGAUUGGUCCAAGGGCGGUCCAAAAAUUGCAUUGAACAUUUUAUAAUACCCAUUGAUGAGAGGAAUCAAACGGUCUAUCACACAUUUCCGAAAUCAAACCUGUGCUUCCUCACAGCCCAUCGGAAUCCAGGGGUCCGAAACAUGCCCAAAUUGACGGAACGCCAGCCAAACAUGAGAUUAUUUGAGGAAUUUCGAAAAACAUUUUAAUUUCUCUCCGGUUUUCAGUUGAGAGAUAUAUUUCCCAUGAAAAAUUGCCUUCCCGGAGUUUCUGUCACGUUUUUAAGAACGUAGGACUCGUCGUCAGUGACCACCUUUUUUGGUGAGAUUUUGAUGUAAAGCUUGGAAGGCAGCCCGAUUACCAUUUUUUCUACAGUUCCCAUAUGUUUUGUUGGAGAUUUAUUUGCAUACACUUCGACCCCCUUAAUAUGAUACAAGUGGUUUGUAUUAAUCUUUGACUUCAUGGCCGCAUCAGGCACCGACGUGGAUGGAGAAUUUUCAAAAAACGAUUCAAUCGUUUUUAACUUUUAAGAGCUCGAUAUGAUGGUUUUUUCAAAUGGUGGUUAUUUGAAGUUUAAAUUUUCGGAUUCUCCAUACUUUUUUAUGUAUAUCCUAAUUUUUGCAUGGCCACACCCUUCCCUGUUGAAAUGUAGCCAAGCCUUUAUCGAGUCUUUGUCGCUCAGAUUUUCGUACUUACGAAAAACUCGUUUCCCGACUUCCUCGCUUUGAAAUCGUGUACGAAAUUUAUUUUCCAAUGAAAACUUAUGAAACUUUUGUGGCAUGUGGCUAGAUAUAUUUGGGGUAUUCCACAACAAUUUCAAAUUUUAAAACCUAUUUUUCGACCGCUCCUGUACGAAACUACCAAGUGAUCAACUUCCCAUGGCGAGAGCCCUAAUUAAAAUUUGUCAAAAUUUGUGUUUCGGUAAA